AUGUCCGAACACAACAAAGCAGCACUCCUCGAGCGGGACGCCGAGCACCUGAUCCAUCCGAUCCACAGCAACGCGGCGACCGCCGGGGGCCACGUUUGGGUCCGCGGAGAAGGGGCCCGGCUGUUCGACGCCGACGGCCGGGACUACGUGGACGCCCUUUCGGGACUCUGGAACGUCUUUAUCGGGCACGGUCGGGGGGAACUGGCCGACGCCGCUGCGAACCAGAUGCGCGAGCUCGGUUACGCCUCGGGGUAUGCGGGCAGCACCAACCGGCGGGCCAUCGCCCUGGCGGAGACGCUGGCAGAAAUCGCCUAUCCGAGCAUCAACCGUUUCUUCCUCACCUCGGGCGGCGGAGAAUCCACCGACUCCAGCAUCAAGACCGCCCGCUACUACUGGAAGGUUCGCGGCAAGCCGGACAAGACCAAGGUCAUCUCGCGGAUCUGGGGCUACCACGGCGUGACGCUGGCGGCGAUGUGCGCCACCGGGAUGAGCGUGUACUGGCCCAUGUUCGAACCCCGGAUCCCCGGCUUUCGGCACAUCGGGUCACCGUAUCCCUACUUCUACGAUCCCCCGCCGGGUAAAACCCGGGGGCAGGCCGCCGCCGACGAACUGGAAACGGCGAUUCUGGAAGAAGGGCCGGACACCGUGGCGAUGUUCAUCGCCGAGCCGAUCCAGGGCGCGGGCGGGGUGAUCAUCCCCACCGACGACUACUUCCCCCGUAUCCGGGAGAUCUGUGACCGCUACGAGGUGCUGCUCGUCUCCGACGAGGUCAUCACCGGAUUCGGGCGCACCGGCACGAUGUUCGGCCUGACCCACUGGGGCAUCGAGCCCGACAUCAUGCAGUUCGCCAAGGGGAUCACCUCCGGAUACAUCCCGCUCGGCGGGAUCGGGCUCUCCGACCGGGUGGCCGCAACGCUGGACUCCGCCGAUCAGGUCUGGAUGCACGCCUAUACCUACAGCGCCCAUCCGGUGUGCUGCGCCGUCGCGCUCGAAAACCUCCGCAUCAUCCGCGAGGAGGGACUGGUCGAAAUGGCGGCGGAGAAGGGCGCCGCGCUCAUCCGCAAUCUCGAGCAGGCGGUCGGCGGCCCACCCUCACGUGGGUGA